AUGGCAGACGUCAGUCCUAGCGGACCAAGACCACAGCCAGGCCCAGGCCAGACCGGGCAGCCGAGCAGACGUGGGCGGGGACGGGGCAGAGGCAGCAAUCAGCGGGGCCGGUGGCAUGGACCAGCCGGGCUCGAGAGGGGUAGUCGUCGGGGAGGUUUUGGCCGUGGCCGUGGAGCCAUAGCUUCCAGGCAGACAUCGAUGAUUGCGCCACCACGAAGCUUUGGAGGACAUUUGACGGGAGCAGGAACUUUAAACGGGAAUGCAAUCGAAUUUGUUCCUGGACAGCAGGUGGACGUGGCAGAUGUCUCGGGCUCGGUAGUGACGGCAGCCAGACGCUCACAGCCGUCAACGGCAGAAGACUUGACGACACGAACACACGAGGACAUUGACAACGGGCACUACGACUGCUGCAUCUGCCUGAACGCGGUGGUGCGGUCGUCGCGGCUGUGGACGUGUCCGAUCUGCUGGCGGGUGACGCACCAGGCGUGCGUGGCAAAGUGGCUCAAGCAGAAGCGAGGCGACGCAGACGACAACGACAGGGCGUUUGUACUGCGCUGUCCGGCCUGCAACUCGGAGUUGUCGGAGGCGGCGGCACGGGAGCGUCACUGCUGGUGUGGGCGACAAAAGACACAUGUUAUCUCGGCAGCAGUGCUGGCGCCUCACUCGUGUGGCCGGGUCUGUGGGAAAGCAAAGGGAAAAUGCCCUCAUCCAUGCUCGGCGGUCUGCCAUGCCGGGCCAUGUCCACCUUGUGCAGAGAUGGGGCCUGCGCUGCCGUGCUUCUGCGGAAAGCAUUCGGCGACGCGGCCAUGUGUCGAGACGGACUACGGGCAGUCCUGGAGCUGCACGGAGACGUGUGGCAGCCGGCUGCCAUGUGGCAUUCACCGAUGCGAGCGGGUGUGCCACGCGGACAUGUGUGGCGACUGCACGGUCCCGAUACCGUCUGUCUGCUACUGUGGAAGGGAGGAACGAGAGAUACGGUGCCAGGAGCGGGACGCUGUUCUGGACUCGUUUGACUACGGACAGCGGAAGGGAGCCGAGGGAAGAGAGAAGAAGAUGUUUGCAGGUUCUUACCGCUGUGCCUCGGUCUGUGGACGGCCGUUUGACUGUGGCGUGCACACAUGCCAGCGGAGCUGCCACGCACAGGACGAAGCUGCUCGACACUGCGGCCUUUCGCCGGACGUGGUGACGCGCUGUCCGUGCGGACAGACGCGGCUGGCCGAUCUGGCGGUGGCACCGCGGACGUCGUGCCAGGACGCCAUUCCAGGAUGCGGCAAGACGUGUGGCAAGACACUGAGGUGUCAGCACCGCUGUACGACGCCGUGCCACGAGGGCGCGUGUCCGCCGUGUGGCGAGACGGUGACGAUGCGAUGUCGAUGUGGCCGAGCCGAGACACAAGCAGCCUGCAGCGACGCGACCGGACCUGAGUUCGAUUUUGCGUGCGACACGCCGUGCCGAGCGCUGCUCAGUUGUGGCCAGCACAAGUGCCGCAACAUCUGCUGCAGUGGGCGAGAGAAGGCGGCAGCCCGUCAGGCGGCAUCGCGAGGACGCGCAGCAGCAGCAGCAGGGCAUCAGGGCCAGCUCGAGUACGAGGCCGAGCACAUCUGCCUCGUGCUCUGUGGACGGGCGCUGCGUUGUGGUCAGCACGGCUGUCCGCGGCUCUGCCAUCGCGGCGCCUGUCUGUCGUGUACGGAGACGAUUGCGGAACGGCUCAGCUGCGCGUGCGGGCGGACAGUGUUGGAUCCGCCGCUGCCGUGCGGCACAACGCUGCCGGCUUGCCAGCACGACUGCAUGCGAGCGCUGCCGUGUGGCCACGCAGCCAUGGCCCACCGCUGUCACGAGGCGGACCAGCCGUGUCCGCGGUGUCCGCAGCUGGUGGCCAAGGUGUGUCUCUGCGGGAAGUAUACGCUGAAGCGGGUGGCCUGCGGGACGGACGAGCUGAAGUGCGACCGGGUGUGCGGGCUGCCGCUCAGUUGCGGCUGCACCAAGACGUGUCACCGGCCGGGCGAGUGCGAGGAUGUAGAGGCUAGCUGCAAGCAGCCGUGCGGACGGGAAAAGACGCUCUGCGGACACGUCUGCGGGCAGCCUUGCCACGGGACGACAGCCUGCAGCGAAGACGAGCCGUGUCGAUCGCGGGCGGUGGCGACAUGUGCGUGCCAACGGCGGCGGCAGGAGGUGCGCUGUCUGGUGUGCGCGGCAAACCCGACGCCGACACGAGCACUGGCACCCAGCUGCGAUGACGAGUGCCGACGGCUGCAGCGCAACGCGGUCCUGAAGAGCGCACUGCAGAUCGCAGACGAACACGAGGACGGUCACGUGCCAUACACAGCCGAGACGAUGGCCCUGUUCAGCAAACAACGGGCCUGGGCCCUCGAGCAGGAGCAGCGGGUGCGUGCAUUUGCCGACAGUCCAGACGAGCGGCGGCUGCGGUUCCGGCCCAUGGCUGCUGGACGACGUGCGUUCCUGCACCUGCUCGCGGCCGACUACGGGCUCGACAGCCAGAGCCAAGACCCGGAGCCACACCGGCACGUGGCGCUGUUCAAGACGCCGCGUUUCGUGUCGGCGCCGGCCAAGACGCUGGCCCAGUGCGAGCGGAGGGAGAGGGAGAAGGAGCGGGAGAGGGAGAGGGAGAGGGGGUUGGCAGCAGCGGCAGCUUCGACUGCGACAAUGGCGACCGAAGCAGCCUUUUCUGUCUUGCCCCGUCCUUGCAAUGCAUUCUUGCUGCCGGCACUGCUGGCCGAUCAGGCGACGGUGCACGCCGACGUGCUGGUGGACGUGCUGCCGCUGGUCAGCGAGGGGCUGCCGGUUAGAGCACCCACAACCCGGUUCGAGCCGGCCGUGCUGUCCAGUGGUGAGGCGGUCAUCAGGGCGGUGGUGCCGGCGGUGGCGCCGGCGGCCGUCGAGCAGCUGCUGCGAUCGCUUCUGCCGUACGUGCAGGGACUCGCGAGCGGGUCGGCUGGCGGCCAGGAGAUCGGUCUCUGCCACGUGGAUGGCAACCUGCAGGUCCUGUGGCACGACCACGACCCAGCGACGGCGGCUGCUGCCAGGCAACAAGGCGUCGACGUCGGCCAGUGGAACGUGGUGGCCAGUCGUGGCGGAAGACGAGCGGCAGCACCAGGGAGCGGCAGCGGGACAGCGGCCGGGACAGGAAUUGGGACAGGGACAGGACGGCGGACGCUGAUGCUGAAAAGACCAACAGCGGCAGAGAGGCAGAAAAGGAUGGCAAUUUUAGCGAGAGGGGAGGGGGUGGAUGGAGAGGAGGAGAAGGAGGAGGAGGAGGGGAAGGAGAAGGAGAAGGAGGAGGAGGAGGAGAAGGAGAAGGAGGAGAAGGAGGAGAAGGAGAAGGAGGAGGAGGAGGGGAAGGAGAAGGAGAAGGAGGAGGAGAAAGAGAAGGAGGAGGAGAAGGGGGAGAAGGAGAAGGAGAGAUCUGAUGAAGAGAAUCAGAAAGACAACCAAGACGAAGAGAUCAAGCUGGACGCACAACAAAAGGACCAACUGAAGCUCGAACUUCCAGCCAACGAGGACCAAGGCGACAACCUCGAUAAACAGGUCGAAGCGGUCGAGUCUGGCGUCGAGCAAACGCUGCUGUGGAGAGGCAGCUCUGACGACCUCUGCCUACCGCUUCUCUCGACCACCGCAGAACACGGCUUCCUGCUCGGCUCCUCUGUCGGCCCGCCUCUCGCCUCGUCUGUGCACGACUGUCCGAUCUGCGACCGACUGCCCGCCCUCUGCGCCGUCCCGCCGACAGCACCGGUCGAUCGGAGCGAGACGCGUCCGCGAUUCCAAGUGCGACUUUCGUCUGCGACUUUCGCCUGCCACACCAUGUCGUCAAGACCACCGUCCAAGAUUGUCUUUGUGGGCAACAUCCCCUACGGCCUCUCGGAGGAGCAGAUCAGCGACAUCUUCAGCAGUGCCGGUCGCGUCGUCAGCUUCCGGCUGGUCUACGACCGUGAGAACGGCAAGCCCAAGGGUUUUGGCUUUGCCGAAUAUCCAGACUCUGACUCGGCUGCUUCGGCCGUCCGCAAUCUCAACGACUACGAGGUCAUGGGCCGCAAGCUGCGCGUCGACUUCUCCAACGAGGGUGGCGAAGACGGUCAUGGCGGCCUGACGGGUGCAUCCGGCCCCAACGACUACAUCCCCUCGCUCUCCUCGGCCGCCCCGACAUCGACCGGCGCUGCUUCCGCUGCUGCUGCUGCUGCUGCCGGCACUUCCACCUCGUCCAGCACCAUCGCUGCCGCCUCAUCUUCCUCGCUUCUUCCACCGCUGCCGCCUGGUCGCGAUAUUCCGCCCGGUGCCAGCGCCACCGACGAGAUCUCCCGCAUCCUCCGCACCUUGCCGCCCACGCAGCUGCUCGACAUCCUCGCCCAGAUGAAGACGCUCGCCGUCGGCGAUCCCGCCCGCGCCACCGAACUGCUGGCCCAGGCCCCCCAGCUGGCCUAUGCCGUCUUCCAGGCCCUGCUGCUGAUGGAUCUCGUCUCGCCCGAGGCCAUCCAGUCCGUCGUCGAGGUGCCUGGCUCUCUCUCUGCUGCUCCGGCCGCUGCUGCUGUCGCUGCUGGCGCUGCUCCCUACACGCCCGCACCCGCUUGGGGACCCCCCGACGUCGCCGCGCUGUCCGCUCCCAUGGCCGCGCCCGUGCCCGCUGCUGCUCCCCCGAUGGCGCCCGCUGUGGCCCAGAACCCCGACGAGCUCAUCAAACAGGUGCUCGAGCUGCCACAGGCCGUCAUCGACCAGCUGCCCGAGGCUGAGCGCACUCAGCUGAUGGCCCUGCGAAUGCAGUAUGGCGGGGGUGCCCGCUGA